CGAAAAAUGAAAAAGUCGUUUUCAUCCAUAUACGUUUUACUUUCGAUUUGAGGCGAGGCGUAAACUGCGCAGUGAAAAAUCCAGUCAGCCAUUGUUUCUGUAAACUGUUUGAGUCAUCUGUAAACUCUUAAGGUAGAUCAACAGGAUGCUCAUAUUGCUGGAAAACUAAAAAUCAGAAAUAUCGAUGUUAAGCAGUGAUUUCAAAGGAUAAAAUUCACAGAAUAGAGGAAAUAGAAGAAAGUUGACGCUGAAGAGGGCGCAUUUUUGUGUGAAUUGCACAGAGCUAUUGCGGAGGUAUCGUUUUUCAACAACAAAAAACCGUAAUUUUCGGAAUCCUUUAAAACAACGAUAUAUUGUUUGUAAAGUCCAAGCCAAAAAGACAGAGGGUGAUGAAUCAGAAUCAAAAUCCAAAUGCCUCUUCUACAUAUGCCAAGUCCACAACAAGCUACGGAUGCUACGGAACACGACGAAAAUCGCCCCAUGGUGACUUCAAUUGGCUCGGUUAUCUCAGGUGGUGGGUCAAGGUCAUCAUCCUAUAUCAUUCCGACAACCAAUCAGACGACAUGGGAUAACGAGCGACGCUUUUGCGAAACACUACAUCCCCACGGGAAGGGCAAUUAUGGCGAUGAAACCCACGUCAAUGAAACUGCAGCAUCCGAAAGUCUGAACACCCAUGCUCAACAAACCCGACCCCGGAUUGUUCGAGAACCUGAUCGGGCUACCAUGAGACAGCGAUUGGACACGUUUACUGGUUGGCCACACACCAAUGGUCAGCCCCCACAGAGACUGGCAGAGGCUGGAAUCGUCACCACAGAUGCUCAGCCCAACAACACACUGAAGUGUAAGGUAUGCCAUGCCAAUGAAAGCUGUAUACAAGUAAUGCCUUGUAACCACCUCUGUCUGUGUGUGAGGUGUGCACACAGGGCCCAUCGCUGCCCCGAGUGUGGUCGCAAUGUGGAAAUGAGCUUCAGAUCGUACAGUGCAUCUUCAAGUUCUGCGGGAAACAACGAUACAUCAUAAUUUAGAGAUAACAUUAUUGAAUAUCAGACUAACAACACAAGUUGUUACUUUUUUUGUUAUAAAUUCUUUUUCAAUAAAUCUUUUGCUGACACAUUUUAGCUCCCCUGAGCACGAAGUGAGCUAUUGUGACCACCCUGUGUCCAACGUCAGGUGUCGUACGGUAUGCGAUAUAAAUGGUUAACGUUUAGCUCGUCACCAUUCUAAAGGCCACUUUUGUAAUCCAAUUUGAUGAAACUUUGUCAGAAUAUUUUAUGUACGGAAAAUCUAGGCCGAGUUCGAAGCUGGGUCACUUUCGUCCUUUAUCAAGAAAUUGUUAUCACACCAGAGGCCACAAUUAUGACUUAAUCUCUAGAUAGAUAAUAUCUAGGCCGAGUAAGAACCAGGGUGACGUGCGCUCAAAAAAAAUAUCACAAGGUCAAAUCUUAGAAAAACCGUGUAACUACUCUGGUAAUAAAUUAAGCGUGUGUAACAUGUGAAGCAACUCUUAUUAAUAUUGAAUAUAGGAUAAGCGCCGCGACUCCCCUUUGGCUUGGAAUGCAAGGUUAUUUACAAUAGUUCAGUUAACUUUUGGUGUGUAUAGAGUAUUUAUUUUUCGUAGUUCGAUUCAUUGUAUGCCCAGUUUUGAAAAAAAGGAGCAUACAGCAGUCGCACAUACGUCUGAGCGAUAUUUCUUGUCUCAGCAAUAACUUUGCCGUACUGUGAUGGGUUUUUAAUAACUUUGCACAAAUUUCCACCAUCAUAACAUGAUUUUUUGUCGCGUGUAGCACCCCUUCCCCUAC